UGUUACCAUGGGAUGUUUAAGCCCUCCGUUAUGUCUUGCAGGGGGAACCGAUCGUACAAUUCUUACUUAAGCCCGCCUGAGAAUACAAUUAUAAGUUUACCUUUCAAGACAAAGUCUUACUCACCUAUAUCACUUACCAAAUGUUAAUGUUAAAGUAAACGUUUGAAUAUAUUUGCCUGUAAGACGUGAUAACGGUCAAAACCAGAACAGAUAGCGAGGAGUAACGAAUGUUAGCUUCGGCAGUGUCGAGCAGCAACUGAAGAAGCAACUUGGAUGUCACUAUCAUCAAAUAUCAGUUUUAAAGAAAACGAAUUAUUGUGGAUUCCAAAAUGAGCAGUUUUAACAAACUAAACACACAGAGACUGCCACCAUUUACAAUGACAGCGCAGAUGAGAAUGUCCAAACAAGACCUGGAAAGAGAUUCAGGCUUCUCAGAUGCCAGCUCAGAGUACUUCAGUGCAGUGGAGAUCACAGACUCGGAAGAUACUGGAAGGAAUGGGUCAAUAAUCGGGCAGGAUCCAGCUGGUCAGCCGGUGGCCUUGGUAGGAGGUUCAUAUCCUGGACUGUCCCCAAUGAUCAUUAUGAACAACUUUGUCCUAAAGCAGCCAUCACCAAUGGCUCCACCAGAGAAACAGUGGGGCUUUCCUUCAUCAAUGGAAGUGAUGCCCCAAUCUCAGGUGGUUCUUCUUCAGCCAUUGGUAUCGAAUGGCACAAACUGCUCUCCGAAAGCUGGCUCUGACGGCAUGCAACAAUCAAAAAGCUACACUCCCAUCCUCAAAUCAUACCCAAGAAUUGCCCCCUACCCAGUGGAUUCGCCCUCUAAGAGAGUGGAAACAUCAAGGCUGAUUGCAAGCGGAACAGCAGGAUAUGAGCAGCGACAGAGGAGACGCCAUGACCCUCUGAGGCCUGACAUCUCCUCCAGCCCACUGUCAGAUCUGCAAAUGCAAGCUCAAGCUGUCUGCGACUUUGAAGAACCGAGCAACAAAUCUCACACUGAGAUUCAGGAGCAAAAUUCUGACAAAUCUCUGACCGCAGCAACAGAAACCAGCUCAUUUGCCAACUUCACAUAUGAGGAGCUGAGGAGCAUAUCUGAUGACGGCAGCAUGCCUGCAGAGAAAUAUCAGGAUCCCAUCUCCAUGCACAGCACCAAACUGAAGCGUUUCAGCAAUACCUACAACAUCCUCAACAAGUCUGGCCUGCUAGGGAUUACGCUGCGCACAAAGCAACUGAUCAAAGAAAACAAGCGCACGCAGGGCCAGCUGCACCUGCUGCAGGAGCAAACAGCUCUGCUGCUCGAAGCGCUGAGCAGCGGGGAUCCACAGCUCUGGACUAAACUCCAGGUGUCUUUGCAAGACACUGAAAAGCAGCAGUUCGGGGUUAAAGUUCAGAGUAUCCUAGCAUAACGCGUUUGUGGACAUAAUCAGCAGUUCUGAAUCUGGUUUCAAAAGGAUUAAUGAAGAGGUCAUCAGAUGCUGAAUGUGUCACACGGUUAUGGCAAACACAGCUCAGCUUUCACCAUUUUAUCAGGCGGCUGUAGGUGGACAGUGCCUUGCAGAAGUUCUUUUAAUACAUUUUGUCACUUUACAACAGCAAACAACUUGUUAUUGGAAUUUUAUCUUCUAGACCAGGAGUCUGCAGCCUGUGAUUCCGGAGCCCCGACUGGUUCUUCUGCAACGGCUCUCAACACUUUAUAAUUUCAAACACUAAAAGUUAAAAAGAAACAGUUGUUUUAAAAAUAGAUAUAACAACAAUAAAGGUUUUAGCUGUUUUCAUUCGAUAAUUGAAUUUAAUUUCCACAACAGAAUGAUAGUCAAUUUUAUUUAGGUCUAUUUUCCUUAUGUUGUGCAAAUAUCACAACAUCAAGUAUACAAAAAUGUAGCCAUCACCUUUUUGAAAGUUUUUUUUUUUUUAAUAUCAAAACCUAAUAGUAGAUUAGGAAUGAAAUGAUUGCUCUUUAAGAAUUACAACAAAUGUCCUGCUGUAAAUAUUUAUCAAAAGAUUUCUCUUUUUUUUCAAAAGGGCAGUUAAUAUUUGUGGCCCUAACCUCUAAGAGUAAAUCUUUGAACCAGCUUUUGCUGCAAUUACAGCUUUGGGGAAUGUUUGCCUAAAAUGUUUUCCUAUUCCUCUUUGAAAGCAGCUCAGGCUCUGUUAAAUUAGGGAAACACCUGUGAACAUUAGGUGUAAGAUCUUUGCACAGAUUCCCAUUUGCAUUUAGAACUGAACAUCGCCACAUCCUGAUGUUGCUCUGCCCACUGCGCCUUUGUUCACUAACUUAUGAUUAAUUGCAACGAUAAAUAUACAUUAGCAGUCUUAUUUUAUCCCUUUUAAUCCUGACCUGCCACUAGAUUUUACUUAUGGAUGUAAAGCUAAAAGGUUUGAAUUCAUAUGCACACCACACAUAUCUCAGAAUUGUCUAUUGUUGUUCUUGCCAUCCACAGUUAUUUGCCACUUACGACAAAAUGUUAGAAAGUUGAGGGGAAAUGAACAUUUGCGCAGAGCACAAUGUAGAAACCAGGAAUCCUGAAACAUUUAGCACUGCUGGUUUGACAUGAAUAUGAAGCACAUCCUCUGUAAUCAACGGGUGUUUGGAAGCAUGCUUAUGUUUCAAACCCUUGCCUUUAACAAAAUAUCUGCCUCUGAUGCGAAAUGGGUGAAAGUGGUACUUGCAGCGGGGCUUUCUGGCUGUCUGUGUCAAAUGCCUAAAAAAACGCAUGCCUUAUAGCAGAUUAGCCAGACGGAUGUCUGACGUCUGUCAUACACCUCUAACAAACAGGUCAACAUGCUUUUUGUUUUUACUAUAACCUUUGAAUUCUUGUUAAAUGCAUGAGCAAAUGCCUUAUGUGUUAAAGUGCGAAUAGUCAUAGCAAUUGAAUUACACUGGGAGAAAAGAGCUGGGUGAACUGGGUCACAACAAGCUAAAAAGACAGCACAUCAAGUGCUGAAACCAGUUAAAUGUGAUUGGUUCUUGAUAAAUGUGUACAUUUUCUGCUUCGUUUUGAAACGAGGACAGGCAAACAGAUUGUGACUUAUCUAGAUCAGAUUGCAGCUUUUCACUUCUUCACCCUAUCUGAAGCAAUCUGCAGAGUAUUGUAUUGCAUUGGUGGAUGCAGUAACACACAGGUCACUAAUGUUUUUCAUCAAGGUUUCUGAGUCAGUGCAGACAUUUUCAGGGAUGUUUUCUUUUUGUCCCCAUAACAGCAAGUCAGUAAAAUGCCUUGUACAUCGUAGAAGCCUCAGUAACUUCAACUGCGGGAAAAUAACAUGCAACAUGUUAUCAGUAUUACAUGGGCUACGUUAAUAUUGAUUGUGUCCUGCUUAACUUGCACAGCAAUAACUUGAGGUACACAGCUGUAUCUGUCUGUUUUACUUGACAGCGAUAGAUACUUUGUCCAAAAAAUAUCUUAAGUAGGAAAGCCUCAAAUGGAGUCAAUAUGACUCCAGUUAGUCAUAUAUUUUAGUUAUUCAAAUGACUACAAUUUGAAUAACUUGUAAUAUUGUUUUUCAAGCUGUGCACUUUAAAUAUACUGUGAUUAAAAAUAAAAAAGGUACAUAAAAACCACAUUUGAGUGGCAGACUUAAAAUAUGACAAGAUUAUAAAGCGGUGGAAAAUUCUCAGAAACUUUUCACGUGAAUUUAAGCGAUUACCUAAUUUUUAAAAAAUGAUAGUUUUUCAUCACAUCAUAUUCAAAUACUAGCGUAAAUAUUUGGUUUUACCAUUAACGGAUAACAUCCAAUAAAUUUUACAAUUGCAAAGCUUUAACUUUUAAAGCAAAAUAUCUCAUUAGGUUUUAAUUGCUUUCAUGGAACAAUUAUUUCGUUAAACAUCAAACACAUUUUUAAAAGCCUACCCCUCCCUUUAAACAAGGUGAAAUAACACCAUACUCCAAAAAUAAUAAAUAUUAUUGAGCAUGGAUUCCUUUUACUAAUUGAAAGCAUGAACAGUAAAAAUCUCCUUGCUUGGAUUUUUCAAGCCGCAUUUAGUCACACUAUCCUCUUCUUGGGCCGCCUCAGAAUCUUCAAUGAGAAAUGUCAGCCGUCCAGGUUGUAGAAAUCAUCUGCAUGUGAUGGAGGAAUGCAAAAUGCAUGUAGAGGCUGUGGUCGUUUUACCCUUUAAUAAGUCAGUAUGUGACUGGAAUAGCUUUUGAUAUGUGUAGAUCUACUUGUAUGAAAUCUGUUUUUUUUAUUUUAUUUUCCAAGCUACAUCUGGAAUCCAUGAGCAGCACCAACUUGAAAUAUUUAAAAUUUCUCGUUUCUUUUCAUUUUCUCCCUGGGAAAUUUUCCAACUUUAAAAAUUUCUGGAAUUUUGUUUCUUUAAACACAUAGUAAUUUUAUCUUUAAAUAUUGGAGGUUGAGUAUAGUGAUGGAUUCUGAUGAUGAUUAAUUACCAAGAAAUUUUUCCUCAACAGCUCAAUGAAAACCAAAAUUAAAGUUUCUUUAACCUUAAACCUUUGUAAGUUUGAAAAUGGUGACGCUGAUCACCUUUGUUACAAAACUAUUCAGUCACUAAUAAUUUUAAUUAGUUACUGCAUUUAUUUUUCUGACACUUAAAAUGGUUCAUCAAGUUUCAUCGUUAUUAGGCAUUAGAUAACUAAAUCAGGUUAUUUCUGCCACUAUUUUGGUUCUUUUCCUAUUGUGGUUUAUUUAUCAAGAAACAUCACUGGAUGUUGGUAAAAUGUUUUGUUUUUUUUCUCACGUUUUAAAUAUAAUAUUUACUUUUGGUAUUAUUUAUUCCUCAUAACUGUGACCAAAAAUUUUAACAAAGUGGUGUGAAUAAUCUUAAGAAGUGACAUGGAGAUAUUUGCCAGUUUCAUGGUGAAAUUUACUCCAUCUUUUUUUUUUUCAGAGCUCUGUUGAUAUGGAACAGAAAUGUAGCAAUGAGAGUGCUGUAGCCACAUGAUGGUUUAGAUUCUAGAUCUUUUGUUGCCAUCUCUAUUCUUUUUGUCAAAGUUUGCUUUAUAAAUGUUGGUAUAAAAGGUUUUCUGGCAAAAACAUGACAGCUUUUAGACUUGCACUUUGGUCCCAGAUUUAUUCAGUCAAGCAUUCUGUAUCGAAGAAAUAAUGUGAAUCUAAAUAUAUAUCUUAAUGCCUGUGCCUUUUUAAGUCUAUUCAUGUUUGUGCUUCAUAUUUCUGUGCUUGAUUUUUAUCGUAGUUUUGUAAAUCUUUUUAUCAUGUGGAGGGAAGUUGAAUGCACUCAGAGGACUCCAAAGAUUUAUUUUUUUUUGCCAAUUUGGAUGAUCUACUGACACGUUACUUUCUGAGUUGCUUUAUAUUGUAAAAACCUUCAUAUUUGAAAUUUACAGUCUUUAAAAUCCUUAGUUGUAAUUCUGUUUAAAUCUUUAAUUAAUCAUUGGUUUUUGGUAAGAUAUUAAUCAUAUUUAAAGUUAAGAGGAUGGGAUUUUCUUGUUUUUACUCUGCUGCUGUUUGGUUUUGUGACUUGUGCAUUCUUGUCUUUGUCAAGUCUUAAACUGAGAUAAUUUCCUCUUGUUAUUUUUCUAAGGAUGUGUCAUUAGUAAAAGUGAAAAAAGUA